AUGAAUAAUGAGGAAUAUUCUAGAAGAUAUGGCCAGGCUGCAAGACGGCGGUCGCUUGCUGCGUCGCUCCAGGAUCAACCUCCAGCUACCACAUCCAGUGGAACAGCUUCAGUUUACCCUGAAUGGCCCAGCUUUCAGGCCUACUCAGCAAUUCCACCACAUGGGUUCUUCCCCCCUACCGUUGCUGCAAAUCCACAGGCCCAUCCGUACAUGUGGGGAGCUCAGCCCAUGGUGCCACCUUACGGGACGCCACCACCACCUUAUGUGAUGUAUCCACCUGGAACAGUAUAUGCCCAUCCCUCUACACCUCCUACUAUGCAUCCAUUUAGUCAUUAUCCUAUGCCAACAAAUGGACAUGCUGAAACUUCUGGAGCUGCGCCAAGUGCUCCAGAAAUGAAUGUGAGAGUGGAAGUGAGAGUGAGAGUGAAGGAAGUGAUGCCAAUUCUCAAAAUGAUUCACACUCAAAAGGACAAUGAUGGAAAGGAAGAUGGCAACUCUCAGAAUGGCAUAUCUUAUUCAGCAUCACAAGGAAUGUUAAACCAAACCAUGGCGAUGCUUCCAGUACAACCGGGUGCAAUGGUUGGAGGAGUUCCUAGCUCCACAGCUAACUUGAAUAUUGGAAUGGACUACUGGGCAGCUCCAGGUUCUGCAGCUGUCCUGCAACACAUGGCAAAGCACCAGCUGGAAAAUCUAUUCACCACAAGCUGUGUUUGUAUCAUGGCAAUAUUUAGGAUGAAAGGGAACUCAAGAAGCAAAAAGCGAAAGCAGUCUAAUAGAGAAUCAGCACGCAGAUCCCGGCUGCGCAAGCAGGCUGAGUGCGAGGAGCUUGGGCAACGUGCUGAAGCUUUGAGGUCGGAGAACUCUCUCUCAGGGCCGAGCUUGAGCGGAUCAGAAAGGAGUAUGAACAGCUACUUUCACAGAAUGCUUCCCUCAAGUUGUUGGCCUCAGUUCAGUGUUGGUAUGGUAUUUGCAGGAAAAGCUGGGGCCACCAGUGAUUCGAUUCCUGAUAUGAAUGAAAAGAACGACGGCGACGGCAGCUACAAGAAGCAACCUGAUUCCGAUGCCCAGUCUUGA